AUGUCUGCUUUUGCUCCAGCUACAGGCCAGCGCCUUCAUGGCAAGACGAUUCUCAUCACUGGGGCCUCGUCGGGCAUUGGCCGCAGCACCGCCCUCGAAUUUGCCCGGACAUGCCCACAAGGAUUAAGAUUGAUACUCACCGCGCGGAGGACCGAGAAGCUGAACGACCUAGCCCAGGACAUCUUCCGGGAGACGGGAGGCAAUGUGCAGGUCCUUGCUAGAGACCUCGACGUCAGCAACCCUGACCAAGUCCUCAAUUUCAUAAACACGUUACCGGAGGAGUGGCGGGACAUUGACAUUCUCGUCAAUAACGCUGGUCUAGCCUCUGGUGUUGCAAGAGCCCCCAGCAUCCCGCAAGAUGACAUUGCCGUCAUGUUCUCGACAAAUGUCGUGGGCUUGAUCAACAUGACACAAGCUGUCUUGCCCAUCUUCUUGAACAAACCUAAUGGUGGCCGUGGAGACAUAAUCAACAUUGGCAGUGUGGCCGGCAGAGACGCAUACCCUGGGGGUGGCGUAUACUGUGCCAGCAAAGCAGCCGUCCGAUUCUUUAGUGACAGUCUGCGCAAAGAACUGGUGUCGACGCGCGUGAGAGUCAUUGAGAUUGACCCUGGCCAGGUGAAAACGGAGUUUUCUGUUGUACGAUUCGACGGCGACAAAGAAAAGGCCGAUGCAGUGUAUCACGGUGUAGACCCAUUGACGCCAGAAGAUGUGGCCGAGGUUAUUGUGUUUGCAGCAACAAGACGGGAAAAUGUUGUUUUGGCAGACGUUUCCAUCUUUCCCAGUCACCAAGCGAGCGCACUGGUGAUGCACAGAAAGCCGUGA